GGCAGCAAAGUGCUACUUUGCCAAGUUUCCAUUUUUAAAAAAUUUGACAAAUCGAUAAUAAUUAUUCGACUAUAUAGAAUCUUUAUAAUAAUUGAUGUCACAAAGUUAUUUUUAUGUAUUAUAAUGUUCAUUAAAUUGGAUAUGACCAUGAAGUAUUCCCACUUUAAAUUAAUUAAUUGAUUAAGUGGCAUCAAUGUAUGCUGGAUGCCAUGUUUGAAAUUGAUAAUUGAAUGCAAAGGGGAGUGUGGUGCGUUAUUCUCGUCCAUUUUACGUUUAGUUUGGUUGCAGUAAAGGCGUAAUUUAUUAUUACAAUUAGUUUUUGCAUUCGUUCUAGUAUAUUUAAAAUAUAUAAUUGAUUUAAACUCUCGAAUUUGUGGUACUGUUUCAAGAUGAGAGAUUCGCCAGAUUCUACGUCAAAAAGGAGUAGGAGCAAGAGUUCUAACAGUAGCACUAGCCGGAAAAGUAGAAGCAGAAGUGCCUCUAGCGUAUCAAGAUCUCGCUCAAGAAGCCGCAGUAGUGAAAUUGACGGCUACAGAUUACAUAUUGCAGAUAUAGGUGAUGAAGUUAGGCGUUCAGAUUUAGAAAAGUUAUUUACACCAUAUGGAUGCUUGAAAGAGGUAUGGAUGACAAACAGUACCCCAUGUUUUGGAUUUGCUGUGUUCACUGAAAAGAAAGCAGCAGCCGCAGCUUUGAAAGCAUGUGAUGGAGCUGAGGUUGCUGGAUGUCGAAUCCAUGUUACGUAUGCCAGACCCAGAACUCGAGGUUCAGGACGACGUUUUUAUAGCAGUAACAUGCGGUGUUACCAGUGCGGAUACACAGGCCAUUUCUAUCGUGAUUGUCCAGACAUUAAUGGUGGAGACAAGAGAGACCGUUACGGCCGUUCUAGAAGGGACAGGGACCGAGACAGUAGAAGAAGAUCGAGUCGCAGCGGUAGAUACGAUGAUAGAUCCAGGCGAAGUGGUGGAGCAAGCAGCAGACGUCGAAGAUAGAUACAUUCUACUUGCGUUAUUUCAGGUAGUAUUUAAUUUUGUUAUAGUACAGUCUCCAAUUCAUAAUGGAUGCAAUUAUGUACAUCAAGAAGCCAUUUUUUUAUGUAUACAUAUUACUUAUAAUUUAAAGUUUAUCAGCCCGUAUAGAAAUUAGUUGAGUAUUCCAAUAAAAUUGCAAUAUAAUGAAAUGAAGAGUUGAAUUUGUGAAAUUCAAGGUAGGUUUGUGUAAUUGUACCAAAGAUAAAUAUAACUAAUGAAUUUUUCAGAAACAAAUAGAUUAUUGAAUGUACAACAUGUAUUAGAGACAGACAAGCUCUAUUUCAAUAUAUUUGUCACGUUGAUUAAUUAUUAGCACUAACAAUCUAUUUGAGUAUUAGUUUUAGAUGAAUGUAUUCAUCUUGAUUAAUAUAAAAGUUCGUUUUGAGGUAACCUGUAUAAAAUAUUAGACUGGUGCAGAUAAACUUUGAAUUUUCUCUUUUGCACAUGUACAAUUUCAAACGUAAUUCAAUUAUUGUUGUUUAUUGUCUUCAAGCUUAUACCACUCAAACUUUUGAUUAACACCUAGCAGAUUAAUUAUAUUUUUCUAUUUAUUGACAUUUCACACAAUUUAUAAUAUUUUCUCAGGAAAUUGAAUGAAAGCAUUUCACAGUGAAUACAAGAUAAAGUUUUAAAAUACCUUAGAGGUGUAUACAAAACGUAACAAUUUGGCUGACUUCAAACACUUCAAAUUUUAAAAUUCCAGUUAUUUUCUGUAUGUAUCCUGUAAAUAUGACGCUAAUAAACUCAAAUUAUUAAACCCAGUAUUCACAAACAACUUUAAUCGAAUCACUAAUCUUAUUAUUUAGAUUGUCUAAAUUGGUAUUGAGAACACUGAAUGAAUUCAUUUGAUUCUUUGGUGUAUAUAACCUAAAAAGGAAUAUAUGGUAUUUGAAAUUUGUUCAUGUGCAUUUGAUUGUUGCAGUUAGGUUUAAGUUUUUACGGUGUUCCUGAUCAAUAAUUUCAUUUUAUUUUUGUUUCUGAGAACAAUUUUCAAAUUUUAACAGAAUAAUAUUUAUAUAUAAUUUUAUUUUGAAUGACAAGAAUUUCAGGUGCAAUUUUUGAAUUAAUGUGUUAACAGUAAUGAUUAAUUUGAUUAGUAAUAAUGACAUUUCCUUAAAAAUCUAUGAACCUAAGUUAUUGUUCUUCAAACACGGUAUUCCUUAACCAAUUUGGUUGAAGAACACUGUGCAAAGUAUAGACACUAUUGAUGUUUCAAGUUGUGAGUUUAUGCAAAGUAUUUGAUAUCAUCACUUCGAGCAGAUAUGUUGAUUUUUUAAAGUUGAAACAAUAAAUAUUUGUUUGGACAUUGCGUAUUAGUGCUUACAUUUGAAUAUUGUGAGAUUUUUAAGAAACUUUUUAACUAAUCUAAACGAGUAAAUGUAUAUUGCGCAAUUAUGUACAUAAAUAAAUCUCGAAUUUUUUUCAAUUAACAUUUUUCAAAAUUUCUUCAGUAGUCACUAAAAUUCUUAAACUAUAUACUAUUUUGUCAUCCAAUCGUUAUUUCUUGAUUCUUAGUUCAGGAAGUUAAUUGUUUAAUAUAUAAACAGAGUUUUCUGUAAAAGUAAUUGGGUGUCUGUCUGACUGAAAAAAUCUAAUUGAUGAAGGUCAGUCUAUAUUAGUCACCAUUUUAGUGUUGACUGCUUUAUAAAUUUUAUAAAUGGAACUCACCACAUUUAAUAACUAACAUCAAAAUGUUCGACCAAUAUUUUAUUAUAGAAGGCUAAAAAUAAAUUUUAUGAAUAAUCUCAUUUUUCCUUGUGAGUUUGCUGUUUUUUGUCAUUGCAUAAACAAAUUCCUGACAAAUCCUGAAUUUAAGUUAUGUAUCAAAUUUGAGAUAUAUUUAUAAUUUUUUCAAUUUAUCGUGCCCUAACCUAAAGGUUAGUUGGAACAUAAAUUGUUGUGUGUUUUCACAAUACCGAGUAUAAAAAUUAGAUUUGUGCUAGUACAUACUUUAAAAAUGUUGAUGUGAAAUUCUUAUCAGGACCACAAAAAGGUAGAUAUACUUAAUUUGUAUUCAGAGAGCCCAAGUUUCCGUCAAUAAUCUAUUAUUUAAUAUAUAAUUAGCAAGGUGAUACUGGAAUUACAAAAUUUUGUUUUUUCAUGUUGAUAAACUAGAAUUUGAAUUAGAACACUAGAGUGAAAUCAAUAGGUUUUCUUCAAGUGAUCUAAUAACUGGUUUAAUUUUUUUCUGCAUUUUUUUUUGAAAAAGAAACAGCAGUUCUCUGAUUAUGAAUAGUUAUGUAAUGUUUCAUAUAUAUAUUAUAUAAUUUGAUGGUGAAAUUGUUAAAUUUACCAAAAUAGUGGAUGUGAGACAGAUUUAUUAUAAUCAACAUUUUGGAACCAAAUAAAUUAUGAAUUUCUACCUGUU